AUGUGUGGAAUCAUUGCCGUGCUGUUGCAGCAGGGGCAUGUUGCGACGGAGCUACACGAGGGUCUCGGUGUCCUGCAGCACCGAGGCCAGAACGCGGCCGGUAUCGUGACAUGCGGCCCGAAAGGGCGCUUCUACCAGUGCAAGGCGAACGGUAUGGUCCGCGACGUGUUUGAGCCGCGCAACGUGGCGAACCUCGUGGGCUCGAUGGGCGUGGGCCAUGUGCGCUACCCCACCGCCGGCUCAUUUGCGCAUGCCGAGGCGCAGCCGUUCUAUGUGAACAGCCCGUACGGUAUCGUCAUGGCGCACAAUGGCAACACGGUGAACCAGGAUGGCCUGCGCACCAUGCUCGACACCGACGCGCACCGCCACGUCAACACGGACUCGGACUCGGAGCUGCUGCUCAACCUCUUUGCGGACCGCCUGCAGCGCACGGGCAAGGUGCGGAUCAACGAGGAGGACAUCUUCACGGCGAUCCAGGGCGUCAUGACCGAGGCGGUCGGGGCGUACGCCUGUGUCGCUAUGAUCGCAGGCUUUGGCAUCCUGGCGUUCCGCGACCCCCACGGCAUCCGCCCACUGGGCAUGGCGAAGCGCCGCGCGGACGCGCCGGCGCCGGACGGCCACGGCUUUGACUAUUGCUUCGCGAGUGAGAGCGUCGUGGCCGACUCGCUCAGCUUCGAGAGCUGGGAGGAUGUGCGCCCCGGCGAGGCCGUGAUCGUGACACGCACCAACUGCACGCGCCGCACCCUCGUCGACUCGCAGGCGUUCACGCCCGACAUUUUCGAGUACGUGUACUUUGCGCGCCCCGACAGCGUGAUCGACGGCGUGAGUGUGUACCGCAGCCGCAUGGCCAUGGGCGACAGCCUCGCCAAGGCCGUGGAGCGCAACUUGCUGAGCAAGGGUGAGCAGAUCGACGUCGUAAUCCCGGUGCCAGACACGUCGCGGGUGGCCGCACUGCAGCUCGCACAGACGCUCCGCAUUCCGUUCCGCGAGGGCUUUGUGAAGAACCGGUACAUUGGCCGCACGUUCAUCAUGCCGGGACAGAGUGUGCGCCGCAAGAAUGUGCGCCGCAAGCUGAAUGCCAUGGCGCUCGAGUUUUCAGGCAAGAGCGUGCUCCUCGUCGACGACAGUAUUGUGCGCGGCACCACGUCGCGCGAGAUCAUCCAGAUGGCCCGCGACGUUGGCGCCAAGAAGGUGUAUAUGGCAAGCUGUGCGCCGCCGAUCCGCUACUCGAACGUGUACGGCAUCGAUAUGCCGAGCCGCCACGAGCUCGUCGCGCACGACCGCUCGAUCGAGCAGGUCGCCGAGUCGAUCCAGGCGGACGCAGUCAUCUACCAGACCCUCGAGGAGCUCGUGGAGUCGGUGCGCUCGCUGAACCCCGGGCUCACCAAGUUCGACUGCUCCAUCUUCGACGGCGUCUACGUCACAGGCGGCGUCAAUGAGGCGUACCUCGCCACCCUCGAGAAGCACCGCGCCGACAACGAGCAGGCGAAAAAGGCCGCCCAGCAGCUGGGCGGCGCGCCGGCCGCGCCCGCGCCCGAGGGCCUCGUCAGCUGCAGCGGCCCGAUGAACGGCGCCGAAGACUUGGGCCUCCAUAACGAAUGGAGUCGAUAG